UUCGUGGGCACCGUGGUGUCGACCAUAGGUUUUGGCAUGACCACCCCGGCGACGGUGGGCGGAAAGGCCUUCCUGAUCGCCUACGGGCUGUUCGGCUGUGCGGGGACCAUCUUGUUCUUCAACCUCUUCCUGGAGCGCAUCAUCUCGCUGUUGGCCUUCAUCAUGCGCACCUGCCGCGAGCGCCAGCUGCGCCGCAGCGGCCUGCUGCCCGCCUCCUUCCGCCGCGGCUCGGCGCUCUCCGAGGCCGACGGCCUGGCCGGCUGGAAGCCCUCGGUGUACCACGUGCUGCUGAUCCUGGGCCUGUUCGCCGUGCUCCUGUCGUGCUGCGCCUCGGCCAUGUACACCAGCGUGGAGGGCUGGGACUACGUGGACUCCCUCUACUUCUGCUUCGUCACCUUCAGCACGAUCGGCUUCGGCGAUCUGGUGAGCAGCCAGCACGCCGCGUACCAGCACCAGGGCCUCUACCGCCUGGGCAACUUCCUCUUCAUCCUGCUCGGCGUGUGCUGUAUCUACUCGCUCUUCAACGUCAUCUCCAUCCUCAUCAAGCAGGUGCUCAACUGGAUGCUGCGCAAGCUGAGCUGCCGCUGCUGCGCGCGCUGCUGCCCGGCGCCCAGCGCGCCCCUGGCCCGGCGCAACGCCAUCACCCCCGGCUCCCGGCUGCGCCGCCGCCUGGCCGCGCUCGGCGGCCACCCCGCGGCCCGCGACAGCGACGCCGAGGGCCGCCGCCUGUCCGGCGAGCUCAUCUCCAUGCGCGACCUCACGGCCUCCAACAAGGUGUCGCUGGCGCUGCUGCAGAAGCAGCUGUCGGAGACGGCCAACGGCUGCCCGCGCGGCGCGUGCGUGCACACGCGCCAGAACGGCUUCUCGGGCGGCGUGGGCGCGCUGGGCAUCAUGAACAACCGCCUGGCCGAGACCAGCGCCGCCCGGUAG